AUGUCUCUGCCUGCAGCCCGCCGUUUCGCAUCUGGAGUCUUCUCCAAGCCAGCAUUUACUUCUACCCACCUCGUCCGAUCCUCAAUUCCCCAGCGCCUGUCGUCCAACAACGCGCCCAAGUCCUCGCGCCCGUCCUCCUCCGCACCACAUAACGACCGCUCACAAUUUAAGAUCCUGCCCAUCCUGGUAAUCAUUGCCAUUGGAUCUGGCUCCUACGUGUUCCUUGUGAAGUCUCGCACUGGACAAUCACCACAGCGACCAUCUAAUUAG